AUGGCAAACCUACCUCCUGCGAACCGUGUCGAGUUUCUAAAAUCCGGUGUGACCAUCAUCAACCAACUUUGUUACUAUCAUCCGGCCCCCUUGACCCGAUCACGAAAAAAGGCGCAGGCAGCUCGCAGCGUAUCUCCUAUCAACCCGUCGUGUGAGGAUGGCGAGGUUCCCAGCAUUUCCACGAGCCGUGGUGACAGCAUCGUGCCAGCUGAGCCUCAAAUGGACUUGACGUCUACGUCUCAGCCAACCUACUUGGGAUCGACCAGCUUCAUGUCAGCAUUCCACUGUGGUCAACAGCAUCAGUGUCUCUCUACACCAAAAAUUGCCCAUGCAUCCACCUUGCGCAUGGCUUGGAGUGCCGACUUCACUCAUGUAUUUCCCCGACUGGUUCAGCUUCUACGCCCCCUCAGGCUCUAUGAAGAUUUAGUGACCGACGAAUACCAUCGGAGUCCGUUCACAGUCAUCCCAGCUCCUCUUGUUCUUACACCCUUGAGGCUACUUCGAAGCCACUGGGAGAAGGAAAGAUGGCCGCAUGAACGUUUGGGACACCAGAUCACUCAGAACACGGCCACCCAAUUGGUCAAGAUUGAAGCACACAUGACCACAGACCAGUUUUACUAUUUGUUCACAGGUGCAAAUCUGCGAUGGGACUUUGUCGGCCUCAUAUUCGCCCUGGCGGGACUCGGUGCUAGCGUCUCAUCUCGUGGCUCUCCGUUGUUCUCUCUGAACGGCAAGGAUGAACUAAGCGCAGAUGCCUUUGCCAUGGAGAUGGCAGCAGCAAGCCAUGCAUGUAUUGAAAUCUGCAGACAGUACGACAAUGUGACUGACUUGAUGGUUUGGCUGAACUACACGUACUUCGUAUUGGCGUCCAAGAUUAUGGGAGAGACAAGCCAUCAUAUGUACGCACAAUUUGGGGACAUGGUCUCCUGCAUCCAUGCUAUGGGCCUACACCGUCCAGAUCCUCCCGGGUCCUCCAUUCCUUUGUUUCUUUCGGAGGCCCGUAAGAGGGUUUUUGCAGCGUCAUAUCGCGCCGACAAGAAUAUCGCUACUUUCCUGGGAAGGCCGCCUCGACUCCCCUACCAUUAUUGCGACGUGGGACUACCCUUGGAUGUCGAUGACGAUAUUCUAGUCCUGGAUCGUCCUUCCCUCGACAAGGCCAUAAGCCAGCUCACGCCAGACGGAUGGGGCACUUUCAACGGUGGUCUUCGCCCUGCCACAGUCAUCCGGCUGCGAUACAUGGUAGCGAUGUUGCGGGAGCAGGUUGUGGGACUGUCCUUAGGGCGGGGCUCGGUUGAUUCAAAACAGAAUGAACUCCCGUUUAUAUAUCAAGAGUGUAAGCGGUUGUGGGACACAGUCCCCAGCGAGUUUCACUACAGUAAGCAGUUCUGGAAGGCUUUAAGCCCGCACCUGGCAAUAGUAAGUCUGGUCAUCCAUCUGGAAUACCUCCACACGGUGUUUCAGGUCGAGCGCAUCCGUUGCAAUGAAUGCGCCGACGCCAUGACCGAUCUUCUGGACUCGGCCAUGCAGAUUGUCUCGGUUGUCAUGGAGUUUGCAAAGCACCACGAUCAACAAGGCAGCAUGCGGGAGCAGUACACAUGGAUUUUUCUCUUCUAUGCCCUCCCGGCAGCAGGUGCCGUUGCAACCGAGCUCCAUCGAUGUACGGUGUCCAGCGUGCCACUACCGUGUUCCAUGUCUAGGUCCAGAAUUAUCCGUGAUCUAAGUCUGCUUGUCUCCUGGUUCGAAGGAGCCAACCCAUCGACUUGUCACACACAUCAGGUAUGUGUGGAGGUCACCAAGGUCAUAGUCAAGCUGUUAAAUGAUACGUUGGAUUAUCCGACGGGCGGGCAAAUGGCGGAUGGGCCACAACCAGGCACAGGCAAUCGCUCUGCCCCAACUAGCGAUGAUCGAGUGUGGAGUACUUCUCAUUCGAUUGGGGUGUCCUUAAAUCCCUACGAACAGAGUGGGACGACACCGAACGUCGAUGCGCUUGAAACGAGUGAGGAUUUCUUAAACUGGCUGGAGGAGUUUGGGUUGGACACAAGCGUGCCUGAGUACUUCUGGUGCCAGUAG